GGCCUCUGCGCUUUGCAGUGCGCUUUUCACUUCAGAGCCUCACUUCUCAGAGACUUCGGAGAGAAGCCGUGGUGAGAUAGAGAUAGAGAUAGAGAUAGAGAUAGAGGGAGGAGAGGAUGGGGAGGAAGCUAGGGCUGGAGAGGGUGCUGGACUGCUUCUCGCUCUCGGUGUGCGCCAACGCCUGCGUCUGCGUGCACGCGGUGGAGGGCGAGGACGAGGAGAACGAGGGGAAGGCCCUGGUGAGCGCGCAGCUGGACGAGCUGCUCAAGCUCAAGGACUUCGGCGGUGGGGCUAAGACUCUUGCCUUCCAUCUGGAGCCAAAGACAGUGGAGCUGAGGGUGUCCAUGCACUGCUACGGAUGCGCCAGGAAAGUUCAGAAGCACAUCUCCAAGAUGGAAGGUGUGUCGUCGUUUGAGGUGGAUUUGGAGAACAAGAAGGUGGUGGUGACGGGGGACGUGACGCCCUAUGAGGUGCUGCAGAGCGUCUCCAAGGUGAUGAAGUUUGCGGAGCUGUUGGUGGCCCCCAAGUCCUCGGCUCCGAGUAGAUAGACGAUGAUGAUGAUAAGCUGAUAGGGUGGGUGUGACACAUUUCACUGAUGAUAAAACCAAAUAUAUAUGCCAUGAUUGUCACGCACGGCACGCGUACGUGGCAGCACACGCAAGCAUGGCAAGGAAGAAACUAUUGGAAGAUUGUAACUAGGAGAUCAAAGAAAAAGAGGAUGGUUUGGGUCUAAUUGAUUGAUCUACUCAAAAGAAAAAAGAAAAACAGCCCAUCCAUACAUGCAUCAUGCUUUUUUUUGCAUGAUAA